AUGCCUUCUGUUUCCAAGAUCCACUCCCGUUACGUCUACGACUCCCGUGGUAACCCUACCGUUGAGGUUGACCUCUACACCGAGGACGGUUUGUUCCGCGCUAUAGUUCCAUCUGGAGCCUCAACCGGUAUCCACGAAGCUUUGGAGCUCAGAGAUGGUGACAAGACCAAAUGGCAAGGUAAGGGUGUCCUCAAGGCUGUUGCCAACGUCAACGACAUCAUUGCUCCAGCUGUUGUCAAGGCUGGUGUUGAUGUUCUAGACCAGGCCAAGUUUGAUGAGUUCCUGCUGUCUUUGGACGGAACCCCCAACAAGGCCAAGUUGGGAGCCAAUGCCAUCUUGGGUGUUUCCCUGGCUGCCGCAAAGGCCGCUGCUGCCUCCAAGAAGGUGCCACUUUACGCCCACAUUGCCGACAUCUCCGGCAGCAAGAAGCCAUAUGUGCUGCCUGUGCCAUUCCAGAACGUGUUGAACGGUGGUUCGCAUGCCGGUGGUGCUCUGGCCUUCCAAGAGUUCAUGAUCGUUCCUACUGGAGCUGCCACCUUCUCCGAGGGUCUGAGACAGGGUACCGAGGUUUACCACAACCUCAAGUCGUUGGCCAAGAAGUACUACGGUCAAUCUGCCGGUAACGUUGGUGACGAGGGUGGUGUUGCUCCAGACAUUGCCACUCCAAAGGAGGCUUUGGACCUCAUUGUGGAGGCCAUUGAGAAGGCUGGAUACACCGGAAAGAUCGGAAUUGCCAUGGAUGUUGCUUCUUCCGAGUUCUACCACGACGGUAAGUACGACCUCGACUUCAAGAACCCUAAGUCCGACCCAACCAAGUGGUUGACUGGUGAGGAAUUGGCCGAGUUGUACGCUCAAUUGAUCAAGGACUACCCAAUUGUGUCGAUUGAGGACCCUUUUGCCGAGGACGACUGGGAAGCCUGGUCCAAGUUCUUUGCUAAGGUUGACAUCCAAAUUGUUGGUGACGAUUUGACUGUUACCAACCCAAUUAGAAUCAAGACCGCCAUCGAGAAGAAGAGUUGUGAUGCUUUGCUGUUGAAGGUGAACCAGAUCGGUACUCUUUCCGAGUCCAUCAAGGCUGCCCAGGACUCCUACGCUGCUGGCUGGGGUGUCAUGGUUUCGCACAGAUCUGGUGAGACCGAGGACACCACCAUUGCCGACAUUGCUGUUGGUUUGAGAGCUGGUCAGAUCAAGACCGGUGCUCCAGCUAGAUCUGAGAGACUGGCCAAGUUGAACCAGAUUCUCAGAAUCGAGGAGGAGUUGGGCGACAAGGCCAUUUACGCCGGCAAGGAUUUCCACAUCUCAUCCACUUUGUAA